UAUUUUGAAAUACCACUUGUUUGGCGGUAUGUGAACGAACACCACAGUCUCUCGACAGUUAUUAACUCUCGUUUAUGUAAAGUCAUAUUUAUUUGUAAGUUCUGCUGGUGUAUUAUUUGUGUGUUUGUGAACAAGCUAUGUCGGACACAUGGAGUCACAUCCAGGCGCACAAAAAGCAGCACAAAAAGCAGCUCGAUUCCCUGCGGGAGAGGCUGCAGAGGAGAAGAAAAGAACCCGCUCAGCUGGAAAUCGAAACUGGAGGUGUUGAGGGAGUGUCUGCAAGGAGUGAUAGCCCUGGACCAGCCCUCCAGAGUCCAUCGCAGGUGGAAGUAGAGCAGUCUCCAGACCCAGAACUAGAGAGGAGGCUGCUGGGAUACCUUUCUGAACUAAGCCUUUCGCUGCCAACAGAUUCCCUUGUAAUCACCAACCAGCUUAACACAUCCGAUUCUCCAGUUUCCCACCCAUGCAUACAAAGUCUCCUGCAAAAAUUUUCUGCUCAAGAGCUUAUUGUGGUUCGGCAGCCAUCCGCCACAGCUUCCUCAUCCUCCUCUUCCACCCUUGUCACUUCUGUCGACCACACAAAACUAUGGGCUAUGAUCGGAAGUGCAGCACAGCCACAGAGAACUGCCAUUAAAAGAAAAGUAGAUGACAUCAUUCAUCAAAAAAGAGCUCCAGGCUCCUCUCCCUUGCUUCAAGCCCAAUCCUCUCCUCCUAGGAAAUCUUCUGCCUUGCAGGUUCCUGUCUCAAACUUGCAUCUUACCGGAUCGUCUGGAGGAGGGGGGGGUGGGUCUGAGAAAAAAGGACGUAGCAAUAAGGUGCAAGCAUCUCACCUGGACAUGGAGAUUGAGAGCCUACUGAGUCAGCAGUCCACUAAGGAACAGCAGAGCAAAAAGGUGAGCCAAGAGAUCCUUGAGCUGUUGAACACCAGUUCAGCCAAGGAGCAGUCGAUUGUGGAGAAGUUUCGCUCUCGAGGCCGAGCUCAAGUGCAGGAGUUCUGUGAUCAUGGGACUAAAGAAGAGUGUGUGCAGUCAGGGGACACACCUCAGCCCUGCACCAAGCUGCACUUCAGGCGAAUAAUCAACAAACACACAGAUGAAAGCCUUGGCGACUGCUCCUUUCUUAACACUUGUUUCCACAUGGACACUUGUAAAUAUGUGCACUAUGAGAUUGACAGCCCUCCAGAGGCAGAGGGUGACACAGCGGGGCCACAAGCAGGGGCUAUUGAGCUUGGACUGCACUCCACUGAUGGAGACAGCAAUGUGGGCAAGCUGUUUCCCUCGCAGUGGAUUUGCUGUGAUAUCCGUUAUCUGGAUGUCUCCAUCCUGGGGAAGUUUGCGGUGGUGAUGGCAGACCCACCGUGGGACAUCCACAUGGAGCUUCCAUACGGAACACUCACAGAUGACGAGAUGAGGAAACUCAACAUUCCUAUUCUGCAGGAUGAUGGUUUCCUUUUCCUCUGGGUGACAGGAAGAGCUAUGGAACUGGGCAGAGAGUGUCUAAGCUUAUGGGGCUAUGACCGGGUAGAUGAGAUUAUCUGGGUGAAGACCAAUCAGCUUCAGAGAAUCAUUCGCACUGGAAGAACAGGACACUGGCUGAAUCAUGGCAAGGAGCAUUGUUUGGUGGGAGUAAAAGGAAAUCCACAAGGUUUUAACAGAGGCCUUGAUUGUGAUGUCAUAGUGGCAGAGGUCCGCUCAACUAGUCACAAACCUGAUGAAAUAUAUGGAAUGAUUGAACGUUUGUCGCCGGGCACAAGAAAGAUUGAGAUGUUUGGCAGACCACACAAUGUGCAGCCUAAUUGGAUAACUCUUGGUAAUCAGUUGGAUGGUAUUCACCUUCUAGACCCUGAAGUUGUUUCACGUUUUAAGAAGCGCUACCCUGAUGGAGUAAUCUCAAAACCUAAAAACAUGUGACGACUGGACUGACUGGUGUACAUUCAGAUGUACAGGUUAUUGGAUGGGAUCUGCCAAAGGUUUUAAGAUUAAAAGUUGAUUUAAAAUAA